AUGAGCGGCCGGCAACGCAAUGGCUUAAAGGCGCCUGGCACGGACUGGAGGCUGCUAACGGUGGCGGCCCUGGUGUUUGCCGCGCUGUAUGCCACCACCAACCACUUCUUCUGCGAGGUCCCCGACCCGCUGCCCGCCACCGCGGACCCGGCGCGGUUUGCCGAGGGGCGGGUGAUGCAGCACCUGCACCAGCUGGCCACCGUGAUCGGGCACCGUCAGGUGGGGUCGGUGGGUGAGGAGCAGGCUGCGCAGUACAUCUUGGCGGAGGUGCAGAAGAUCGCGGCAGAAGCGGCGGAGCGGCGGCCAGACCUUGUGGUGGAGGCGGCCCGGGAGUCGGUGUCCGGCGGCGUCACCAUGCACGCCUUCAAGUUCCAGAUCGCCAACGUGUACCGCAACCUCACCAACGUCGUACUGCGGGUGGCCCCCGCCGCCCCCGCCGCCGCCCGCAAGAAGGCGUCCACUGGCCCCUGGGGCCCAGACGUGGUCUUUCAGCACACGGGGGACUGGACGCUGGCGGCGUACGCGCGCUCCGCGCCCCGCCCCCGCGGCACCACCAUGGCCCAAGACUUCUUCGACCUGGGCCUCAUCCCAGCCGACACCGACUACCGCAUGUUCUCCUACCGGCACUACGGCUCGCUGCCGGGCAUCGACAUUGCGUUCAUUUUCGACGGUACCGCCUACCACACCGCACGGGACGAGGUGGCGCGCAUCCGCCCCGGCACGCUGCAGGCCAUGGGCGACAAUGUGCUGGCAGCCGUGCAGGAGUUUGCCCGCGUGCUGGCGACCGACCCCGCCGUGCCCUCAGCCGACCAUGCCGGCGGCUCUGUGUACUUUGACUUGUGGGGGCGCACCAUGGUCAUCUACUCCCAUGCCCAGGCCAAGGCCCUCCACCACGCCCCCCUCUUCAUCAUCCUGCUGCUCCCCCUGCUGGGCUCCGCCGGCGGCGGCGCGCCCGUCACCUGGCGCCGCCUGGCCGGCAGCACGGCGCUGGCCGCGGUCUCCCUUCUGGGUGCUGUGCUGGUGCCGGCUGCGGUGGGCGCGGCGCGCGCCGCCGCCUCGGGUACCGCCAUGGUCUGGUACGGCCGCCCGCUGCUGGCAUAUGCCGUCUACCUGCCGGCCGCUGCCGCGGGCCUGGUGCUCCCGUACGCGGCGCUGCCCGCGCCGCGCGGCGCCGCCGCCUCGCGAAGCCUGGGCGCCGCCCUGCUCUUCGCCCUGCUCUGCUCCGGGCUGACCUCCAUCGGAAUGCACUCCUCGUUCUUCUAUGCCCUGUGGGCCGCGUCUGCGGCCCUGGCGGCGGCGGCGCUCGGCGGCGGCGGCGAGGGCGGCCGCGGCUGGGGCGGCGCCGCCGCGCUGGUGGCCUGCUUCCUGCCGCCGCUGGCCGUGGUCCUGCCCUCCUCAACCACCUUCAUGGCACAUGUCAUGGAGAAGGUGGGGCUGGCGGGCGGGGCCCCCGGGCUGCUGGGCCUGGUACUGGCAGAUACCGCGGUGGGGGCGGUGGCUGGGGCCACGGUACUGCUCACGCUGGGCACGCUGACGCCCUACCUGCUGGGCGCGCUGGGACCGCGGCGAGUGCGCCAGCUGGCGGCCGCCCUGCUGGCGGCCUCGCUGGCGGCGGCGGCGGUGGGAUCCCUGCGGUACCCCCAGCAGUACAGCCGGGACCACCCCAAGCGCCUGCUGGUGCAGCACAUCCACGUGCAGGGGCCAGGCAAGCCGUGCGCUUGCGUGCGUGGCGGCAUCCAGGAAUCAAAGCUGAGCGUGGUGGGCCUGGACAGCGUGCCGCUGGCUGCCGCCCUGCCCCCCACCUUCCUGCAGCGGCCCGCCGCCGACUUUUCGGUGGAUGAGUGGGAGGCCCUCUAUCCACUCAACUAUCUCAUCAGCGUGGGGGAGGCCCGCGUGGUGCCCGCCGCCGAGGACCCCGACGGCGCCGCGGCGCCGCUGCCCGCGCUGCGCAUGCACAGCCGCGGGCCGGUACCGCAGGCGGAAGCCGGGCGGCAGGUGGACAGGCUGGAUUUGGAGCUGGACACAGGCAAGGGAGGGGCCUGGGGAGUGAUGAACUUCACGCUGGCAGGCGGCGGCAGCCUAUUGGGGUGGAGCCUCAGCGACGGUGUGGCGCAGACAGAGGCGCCGCAGGGCGGCGCCUCCCACAUGGUGCGCUUUGCCGGCAACCUGCACGCGCGGCGGUACCAUUUCUGGCUGGACGUGCCAGCUGGCGAGAAGCUGCGCGUCGGGCUGUACGUCAAGUUUGUGGAGGAAAGCGCGGCGACUCGCCAGCUCCUGGCCGACCUGCCCGACUGGACCUCACCCGCCGCCGUGGUCAGCUACCACUCGCGCUGGCAGUUCUGA